AUGAAACACAUGAGCAGCAGCAUGAAGAAAGGUGGGACGCAGCCCAGCACAGCGAGCCAGCACCAGUCUAGGCCCAGCCCUGUGGAGAAAGAUCCCAAUGACAACCAUCAGCUGCACACAAGAGCCAAGCAGUCCUCGGAUUUCUGGCGGUCUCACCCCGAACCAGGAGGCCUCGUCAUUGUCCAGUCGCAGGGGCGCAGGUCCGACCCGCCGCAGGCUCGGGAUGGCCGGCGAGCUGUAGCCCAGCACGAAGCCAAAGCUGAGAGGGCCCAAGGUGGCGGCGAAGGCUGCCAGGAAGAGCCCCCGCGGCCGGCGGACGCUGCGGAGACAGCAGCAGGUGAGAGGCGUCCCCGCCCCGGCUCACCGCGGGCCCGGCUCCUCGGCUUUGGUCCUUGGGCCCAGCAGCGGCUGAGUGGCCUCGGCAUCCAUGGCGUCAGUGCAGCCGCUCCCUCCCGCAGCCACAAUACCGGGGAGCUAAGGCCGCGGCGGCUGCUCGGCCACUGCUCCGGCGGACCCCGGCCCGGGAGCCCCGCGCCCCGGCGUGGGGGCGGAACCUCUCCGGCGGGGUGGCAAGGGGGAGGAGCGCGUGCCCCGGCAGGCCCAAGCAGGCGUGGGGCGGGGUCAUGCACAGGAGGCGGAGUCGCACCCCGCCUCCUCAGUGUAGGGCCGGGGAAGGGGCGUGGUCACCACGGGGGCGGUGCUCGAGCCCACCUGAUGGGUUCUGGGCGGGCGGAGGUGCGGCCUUUGGGCUCGUGUCUCCCGGGGGGGGGGGGGGGGCCGGCUGACGGCCCGGGGAUGACAGCGUGGGAGGCGCGGACAGAGUCAGACUCCAACACUGAGGGCCAAUCAAAUCCCACACUUUAUUUGGGGUCUGGGGCGGGAGCGGGGCGAGGAGAGACACGAGAGCCGUCCCGGCCACGGCCGACGGAGCUGAGCGGCCACACACGGAGUCACGGCACAGACGGACUGGGCACGAAAAACAAUGCGCACAAAGUGGAUUUAAGACACUUGGUGGUUCGUCCCUUGAUAGACAGACAGCACAGAGGGAAACUGAGCCACAGCCCCUCAGCGCAGGCGUGGUGCCCUCCUUCAAAGGGGUCCCCUUCUCGCAGGGAGACGCAAUUGGUUGCGCCGGCGCUGUUGCCCCGCUCAACGCGCCACCUAUUGGAGGAGGCCAGUGCUGGCAAGGACCGAACGUCUAGAACGAACCCCUCCAUCUCACUAGUGAAACAGCAGAUAAGAACGUGAGGCUCAGAAAAGGGAAAUGAUUUUUCAAGAUCAUACAGCAAGUUCAGUCAAGAACGAGGAUCAGAGCCCAGGGGAGUGGCAGCAUGGUACAGAGACAGUAUUGUCUCUGGGGUCAAGAGCCUGGCUACAGCUCUUACCUCUAGCAUUUACUACUGGUGUGACUUUAUGCAAGACACUUCAAUCUCCCUGGCCUAGGAUCCUACAGGUUCCUGAUGGUGCAUUUUGAUAGUGUCACACCCACAUGUCCUAUGGGGCCCACAAUGCUCUCCAGUUAUAGGGAGAACCAGAUUAAAAUGUAAUUGGAAAAUAUUUAACAUAUAUAAUCAGGUUUUUGAGCAAGUCCAAUUUACUCAGCAAUGAGCCUUCCUGCACUUUCCGAUUGUCUGCCUCCUUUAAAAGGUAGGGAGACUGAGCCAGUUGCUUUUUUCCUGGUAGGGAAAAAAAAAUACAAAUACAAUAAAUCUGAUACCAUCACAUUUAAAAUUAAGUCAAUAUGUAGCCCACAGAGAUACUUAUGUAUGGAAUGGUGGUCCCCUUUUUUAUUUGAGUUUUAUACCCUUAGCCUAGAACCCUCCCAGACCCUAGUACCAUUGGAAGCCUGUCUGGAAUUCUACAACUGCAAUACUCCCAAUCUGCUGCUGUAGCCAGAACUGUCUACUUUUGCAUUUGCAGUUUAUUUAUAUAUAUGAUAGAUGUUUAGUCUUUUAGAAACUUAAGAGGUCCGUAACAGGACUGAAAGGAGUCUGGACCAAAUUGUCAGUAAAUCAAUAUCAAACUGCCUAGUUCAAAUGACUUCUGGGGAAAUCAAGUAAUCCCCUACAGCUGCAAUAUCAGCCUCAUUUGUAGCAAUGUGGUAGAUGGCCUAGCAGUAAAGGCAAAUUAUGAUCCUGAAAAUCCAAGUCCUAGAGGUUUUAACCUAGGCCCAGAAGGAUGUUCAAUUUGUCCUCUGGUAUCUGGUCAUUUCUCUUACCACAGUCUAUUACACUUUACUACAGAUCUUCCAAGUAAAACAAUGCAGAAAUACUAAUCAUAGCCUCAAAAAAACAUAUAUAACUGUGGAACUUAGGCACCUCCUUCAUUUUCCUCUCCCUCAUACCCUCACCUUCUAAGAACUCUAAACAAUAAAUGACUGGAUUAUUUCACAGAACCUCAGAAUUGAAGUAGUCAUUCGGAUUUCACUUGAAGACUAUAGUGAUGGGGAACCACUCUCCUUUUGGACUACUCUAAGCAACAGAAAGAUCAGUCUCCCUUACAGUUACAGCUUCUAGUUUUGCCCUAUACAGAACAAGUCCAAUCACAUGGUAGCCUUUCAAGUACUCUAAGACAGUGAUGAUAUUCUUGCUAAGUCUGCUCUUUUCUAGAUGAAAUGGGAAUCCCAGUUCCUCUCACCUAUCCUUAUGAAACACAAUUUAAAGUCUUUUCCCCAACUUGGUUGCCUUUCUUUUGGAUACACUCUAGUUUGUCAAAAUAUUUCCUAAAAAUAUGGUGUCUCAAAACCCUGGAUUCUAAAACCUAAGAUUCCACAUUUGAGACCCUAUGCAGAGCCCUGUUUCCCAAAAUUACUUAAAGUUAGAAUUUAAAUGCCUUAUUGAAAUUUACUAAGUCAAGACUAAAUACAAACAGUUCUUGCUUUAUGUAAGUGGAUAGUUCCACAGAUCACUGUGUAAAAUGAUUUUUACAUAAUACAAAUUUGCCUGUAGAAGUGGAGAAGGGAAGGAAAAAGGGAGGUAGGAAGAGUGAAGGCCAGAGACAGAAUCCAGAGCAAGAGGAGAAAUAAGUAGGGCCAGGGGAAAUCCUAUGAGGGCCUGAUCAGAACCAAGGGAAAGGGGACAAACAUUCGGAACUAGAGUACAGACAGAAGGAAAACAGACACGAAGAGGGGGCAGAAAAGAGGAUGGGUAGGUGGAUUGGGGCAUAGGGAUUCUUGAUUAGCACAGGGAGGUCUCAAGCUAAGUUCCCAACCUGGCAGAAGUGGCAGUGUUCUUUCUGCAAGUUUAUUUUUCUGCUUUCACUUGGAGGUUUUGGGGGGUGGGGGAGUAGGGAAUGGGAGUCCAAGAGUGCAGAGCUGAGGGGUAAGAGAGGAGAGACAGCAAGCACAGUACUAUACAGUAAAGUUAACAGAGGAUUGUUUUAUUUUUUUUAAUGUGGAUUUCGUUCAAAAUUCUUUACAUAAAUUCAAAUCUCUAUAAAGCAAGAACUGUCUAUGUUUUUUUCUUCCUUAUUUAAAGAAAUAGGCAUGCAGGAGGUGAACAAGUGCAUACCAAAUACAAACCAUUCCUGUGAAAUAUUACUAGGGAUUCAUUAGUGUAGGGGAUGUUGAAAUAUAGGAGGAAACUUCAAUUUGGAUCGAUUUCUCUUAGAGCAUGAUCAAUUUACUGGCAUCUGUCAGUUAAUUUGUAGGAUCUUUAAAAGUGGAAGAAACCUUAAAUUUCAUCUAGUCAAAUGUCCUCUAUGUGCCUGUAUUCCACAUAUGAGGAAACUGAUUUGCUUUCAACCAGUAAGUUGGGAAGUUGACUUGGAGAGAAACCUAGCACUUUGGACUCCAAAUUAAUCCCUUUUCCACCAAACUACAUUCAUUUUAAUGCCAAAUAAAUUUCCGCUGAAUCUACACAUUCAAGUGUCAAAAUAACUGCAUUCUUAGAGUGACCAAAUAGAGUAGGGAAGGAUAAACUAUAUAAAUACAAAAAAAAAAAAAAACCAACCAAAAACAAAAACAUAAACCCAGACAUUAAUAUUAUUUCAAUCUCAAUAGAUUUAGAGAAAUACCAGGUAGUUUUUAGCUUCUUAUACAAGAAAAAAAAUACCCAGCUGGACAGGAAAAAUAUCUGACUGAAUUUGCCUCCAUCUAAAUCAACUACUCCCUCCCUUUCUUUCUUCCUUCUUUGAAGGUAAUAAUACUGUGAGGAAAAAAAUAUUUUUUAGAGCUUUUGAUUUUUCCAAACCUCUUGGACAUAUAUCUAAAGUGAAUUCAUUUCAACAAAUAUUAAUUGAACAUUGUGGAUAUAGCCUGUGGUCUUAGCUGGGAAGUAGUCAGAUAUUGAGUUUAGCUCUUUAUAAUAUAAUUGUGAGGUAGAUGGGAGUGACAGAGUAGAAAUAGUAAUGAAUUUGGGAUUAAAAAGAUGUAAUUCAAACCUCAGAUUCAUAAUUAAAGUUGAGUAAGUCAUAUGAGAGUUUCAUCAUCUGAAAAUGAGGAAAAUAUUUUAUAUUAUUUCAUAGGAUGUAUAUGAUGAAAAGGAUUUGUAAACCCUGCCAUGUUAUAUCAAAAGUUCCUCACCUGGGGAUGUCUGGACCUCAUGUUAGAUUUCAGGAGUCUGUGAACAUGUAUAUGAAAAAUUGUAUAUUUAUUUUCACUAACGUUUGGUUUCCUUUGUAAUUUUAUUUAUUUUAUUUUAUGCAUUUAAAACCAUGGACUGCCCAAGUGGUCCCUUGCACAAGAAAGGUAAAGGAACCUUGUUCUAGAGCAAUGGAAGUAAUAAUCCUUAUUAUGCCAAGAAUUUGUAAUACUGGUAGAUUAACCAAUUUUAAGUUAUUUCUGUGGCACUUUAAGGUUUACAAAGCACUUGGCUCACAAAAGUCCUGUGAAGCAGGUAGCCCAAGUAUAUUAUCUUCCACAUCUUACAAAUGAGGAAACUAAAGCUAAGAAAAGAACAGAAAAUUCCUGUUAAAUCUGGGGUCAUUUUUGUUCUUUCUAUGAGUCCAAGCUAUCUUGAGACAUCAGUCUUCAUAAAGGCUGCUAACAAUUUUGCUGGAUUUUCUCAUGAGAAGAAUGCCUGUAGAAAAGCCAUGUAUGAGUAUUCUGUGGAGACAGGAGGACAAUAAAGAAGCUUCCAAUACUGAUAUGGAGAGGCUGAAUUUAUUUAAAGAUUUGACUUGACAAAUCUUCCUAUCUCUAACUAUAAUAUCUUUUGAAGUCUUGGAAAGAUGCUUUCUGAUGCAUCAUUUAAGGAAAUGUAAACACUACUAUAUCUAGAACUCUCUAUCAAAGAAAUUAUUCUUCAUGAAUGUGCUGAUAAACUGUCACAGUGAAAUUUCAAGGCUGGAAAUAAAUCUAUGGCUUCUAAGACUAUAGCAGGCUAUCAUGAAAUUCUUUGCUUUAGCUUAGAAGAAUAAAAAGUUACAGAAUCAGAUCAUGUUCAUUCACUCAUUCAAAAAAUAUUUAAUGGGUGGCUGUGUGCAGUGCACUGAGAGAUAAAAA